AAUAAUUCAUGAAACUCCGACAAAAAUCGUCACUCCCGUGUUACAUGUAUAAAACCGGGUCAUUUUCGUCCGAUGUCCGUUAUUGAUCUCUGACUGUACUGGUUCUGCGGCCGCCGCUAUAAUGCUGAGCAUUGCUCUAAUCUGGGGAUUCUUGGUAGCGGUAUGCUGCUGCCUGUGGCUCGCGGUGGGCAUCCGCCGAAGGCAUCCGGGCGAGCCGCCGAUUGAGAAUGGCCUCAUUCCGUACCUCGGGUGCGCCCUCCAGUUCGGCGCAAACCCGCUGGAGUUCCUGCGCAGCAGACAGAAGAAGUACGGGCACAUAUUCACCUGUAAGAUCGCCGGCGAGUACGUCCACUUUCUCUGCGACCCUUUCUCCUACCACUCGGUCAUCCGCCAGGGACGCCACCUGGACUGGAAAAAAUUUCACUUCGCUGCUUCCGUUAAGGCCUUUGGGCACGACAGCAUGGACCCCAAAUAUGGGCACACCACGGAGAACCUGCACCAGACCUUCCUGAAGACCCUGCAGGGCGACGCCCUACCGUCCCUCAUCCAGAACAUGAUGGAGAACCUGCAGAACGUUCUGCUGCAGCCCGGCUUCUUGCCCAUGCACACCCAGGACUGGCAGGUGGACGGCAUCUUCGCCUUCUGCUACAAGGUGAUGUUUGAGUCGGGCUACCUGACGCUCUUCGGCAAAGAGCUGAGCGUGCAGGAGGACCAGAGCGCGGCCAGGCAGGAGGCCCAGAAGGCUUUGGUCCUCAAUGCCCUGGAGAACUUCAAGGAGUUCGACAAGAUCUUCCCGGCGCUGGUGGCCGGCCUGCCCAUCCACGUGUUCAAGAGCGGCCACAGCGCCCGCGAGAAGCUGGCCAAGACCAUGAUGGCCGAGGAGCUGAGCAAGAGGAAGAACAUGUCCGACCUCAUCUCGCUGCGCAUGGUGCUGAACGACACCCUGUCCACCUUCAACGACCUGAGCAAGGCCCGCACCCAUGUGGCCCUGCUCUGGGCCUCCCAGGCCAACACCCUGCCCGCCACCUUCUGGACCCUCUUCUACAUGAUCAGGAGCCCUGAGGCUUGCAAAGCUGCCACCGAGGAGGUGGAGAAGGUUCUGGAAAGUACUGGCCAGAGACCCGACCCAAAAGGACCCCAUUUGACGCUCACCAGGGAACAGCUGGACAACCUGCCGGUCUUAGACAGCAUCAUCAAGGAGGCCAUGAGACUGUCGAGCGCCUCACUCAAUGUCCGGGUGGCCAAGGAGGACUUCCUGCUGCACCUGGACAACAAGGAGUCGUACCACAUCCGCAAGGACGACAUCAUCGCCCUGUACCCUCAGAUGCUUCACUUCGAUCCGGAAAUUUACGAGGACCCUCUGACCUACAGGUACGACAGAUUCCUGGAUGAAAGCGGCCAGGAGAGGAGCAGCUUCUUCAGGGGGGGCCGCAAACUGCGCUACUACUACAUGCCGUUCGGCUCGGGCGUGACCAAGUGCCCCGGACGGUUCUUCGCCAUCCACGAGAUCAAGCAGUUCCUGUUCCUGCUGCUGGCGCACUUCGACAUGGCGCUCCUGGACGGCCAGGUGAAGGUGCCCCCGCUGGACCAGUCCCGCGCCGGGCUGGGCAUCCUGCAGCCCACCUACGACGUGGACUUCCGCUACCGGCUCAAGGCCCAGUAGGACCGUGUGACGCGGGCUCGUGUGUUUACUGUAAAUACUGUACAUUCUCCCUGUGCCUGCUCUGCUGCAAGCUUACUGUACAUAGAACUGAACGUGUGUGUGUGCUUUGGAAUGAUAUGUUAUGGUGGUGAAAUGUACCACAGACUUUGUUGUUGUUUUUUUUAUUAAAAAAAAAAAAAAAAAAAAAAA